UCUGUACCUAUUAAACAACAACUCCUCAUUAUCACCUGAUGAUUGCUGCUGUUUUCCCUGUUUCUUUACCUGGUGUUGCUUCCCUUGUUAGCAGCAAAACAGCUCAUUUUCUCCUUCCCUCAAAAUGCACUGCUGGCUAUAACUUGGCAGGAACUAUAAAAGCCAUUUUUAAACCCACAACAUUCUUUGGCUUCAAACGUUAAUACCACCUGGUUCCAACUUCAGUUUUCAGCCCUAUUUCUGUUCAGAACCUAACGUUAAAGUAAACAGCUGUCUUUCGCUGUGCUUCCUCGCUUCACACCUCUGCUCAUACCUUCUCUCCAUGUGGAAUGUCUUUCCUGUUCAGCCCUUCCCACUCUACCUAUGCCUACCAGAAUCCUUCAAGGUCCAGGUCAUGCUCUAUCUUCUCCAUGAAGACUCCUUGACCACCUCAUAUGGUAGUGAUCUCUCUUUCUCCUUUGACCUCUUACAGUAGUUAUUAUCUAAAUUACUAAUGAUAGAAAUUGUACACUGUAGUUGUUUCAUGUUAACCAUAGCUCCUCAAAACAGGAAUUAAGCUGUAUUAUUUUGUUCAUUCAAUCAUUUGUUCAUAUAUUUAUUAUUCAUUCAACAAAUACUGUCCACUGUGUACAAAAAUGCCCCCAAAAUAAUUGCUGAAUAAACAAAUAACAUUCUAAGUCACUGGGCUUUCAUGGAUGAGUCAAUAAACACCAGCUCUUCUUAUGUUUGGGAUUUUGUAAAAACUAAUUUUAUCUACCUCUCAGGUCUUAGUUGUGCUCCAGGUAGUUAGUAAUCAUCUGUAAUAUAAUAAUAAUAAUCCUAUUACACUAGCUACCUAUUAAAUUAGUUAAUACCAGUUUAUUUUGCCUAUUUGGACAUUUAAGUUAUACAAUCAAACCUGAAUGAUUCUGUUGAUUCUAAAAAAGACUGUAGUGUUCCAGGUAGCCAUCACUGUUCUCAAUUCCCACUUAGGGGCAAGACCCUAAAGUUGUCUUUCGUUAACUUCCUACAUCCUCGUUGGAUGUCAAUGAGGGGAACAAGGUAAAGGGCGCCUAGCUUUCUUCAUUUAGGUACCCAUAGAAGGGAAUUAGAGCCGGUAGGAAGUUCCUCGCACUUGGGUCACUGCUUGUUUCCUCACAGCAUAAUCCCAACUGAGAAAGUUACUGGCACUUGGCUUCUCAUUAGCCAAGGCUCUCAAGUGAGAGGAGACAAGGGAGGAAAUCGCUGAGGAGACAGGGUUUCGCAACGGGUGCCUCCACCUGGACGCGGCGCCACCCAUUUUCCAAUCGGAGCCGAGUACUGCAUUCCUCCUCGGUCUUUCUCUUUAGCAGAGACCUCUACGUGCCAGCAAAGUUAACUGAUUCCAAGAUAUUAACACUAAUACUUAGAUUGCUUUACAAGCCACACUUGCCUUCAUUAUUCCGUUCGCGCUUUUCAACAGCCCUGUGAUACAGGCAUUACUGGUAUUUCACAGGAGAGUGAACUGCUCCUGAGCCACAGGGCACUUGAACCACAGGGCUAAUGCGUAAAUCCGGAGCUGAGACCACUCCUUCAGGGAGAAUGACUGCGGUCCGGAGGCCCAAGGCCACUGCCAACGCUUCCCCAGAUAACCCGCCAGGCUCGGACUCUCAGGCAGCCGGUACCUUCCCCCGCGGCCCAUUGAGCCGUAACUAGCCGCCAUUCUCCCGGCUUCCCUAAAGCACAAAGAACACAGCCGGUGCCCAUCCCGGCCUAGUCCCCGCCCGGCAGCGCAAAGCUUACAGGACGAGGCCGCCCAUAUGCCGUCACCUCGAGGGUUCCCCACAAACCCGACUAAGUACUGUGCGGCUGACUCAGGGUUCCAACGCCCACCUGAACUCGGUCCCCAAGAAAGCUCCCAACAGCCAGCUGGCCCGCCCCUGGGUUCACAGGCCGCUCUAGCCGUGCACAGAGCCGGCAAUCUCGUUGCUCCCUGCUUGACGUCAUCAGCGAGCGCCACAGCGCGGUGGCGGGCAAGCGCAGCCGGGAAGAUGUCUCCGACGCCGCAGCUUUUCAGUUUGCCCGAAGCGCGGACGCGGUUCACGAAGUCUACCAGAGAGGCCCUGAACAACAAAAAUAUUAAGCCACUGUUGAAUACCUUCAGCCAGUUACCUGGCAGUGAAAAUGAAAAAAAAUGUACCCUUGACCAAGCUUUCAGAGGUGUUCUAGAAGAAGAAAUUAUAAAUCAUUCAUCAUGUGAAAACGUUUUAGCUAUUAUUUCUCUUGCUAUUGGGGGAGUAACUGAAGGUAUUUGUACUGCAUCUACACCUUUUGUAUUGUUGGGAGAUGUUUUGGAUUGUCUUCCUUUGGAUCAGUGUGAUACAAUAUUCACUUUUGUGGAAAAAAAUGUUGCUACUUGGAAAUCAAAUACGUUUUAUUCUGCUGGGAAAAAUUACUUACUACGUAUGUGCAAUGAUCUCCUAAGAAGAUUAUCAAAAUCCCAGAAUACAGUCUUCUGUGGCCGAAUUCAACUCUUUUUGGCCAGGCUUUUCCCUUUAUCUGAGAAAUCAGGUUUUAACUUGCAGAGUCAAUUUAAUCUGGAAAAUGUCACUGUUUUCAAUACCAAUGAGCAGGAAAGCACCUUGGGUCAGAAGCACACUGAGGAUAGAGAAGAAGGAAUGGAUGUAGAAGAAGGUGAAAUGGGAGAUGAUGAAGCUCCAACAACUUGCUCCAUUCCAAUUGAUUACAACCUGUACCGAAAAUUCUGGUCACUUCAGGAUUACUUUAGGAACCCUGUGCAAUGCUAUGAGAAGAUUUCAUGGAAGACUUUUCUCAAGUAUUCUGAAGAAGUUCUAGCUGUUUUUAAGAGUUAUAAAUUAGAUGAUACUCAGGCCUCAAGGAAGAAGAUGGAAGAAUUGAAAACAGGAGGAGAGCAUGUAUAUUUUGCAAAAUUUUUAACAAGUGAAAAGUUGAUGGAUUUACAACUGAGCGACAGUAACUUUCGUCGACACAUCCUGUUGCAGUAUCUCAUUUUAUUCCAGUAUCUCAAGGGGCAGGUCAAAUUCAAAAGUUCAAACUAUGUUUUAACUGAUGAGCAAUCACUCUGGAUUGAAGAUACUACAAAAUCAGUUUAUCAACUACUAUCUGAAAACCCUCCUGAUGGAGAAAGAUUUUCAAAGAUGGUAGAGCAUAUAUUAAACACUGAAGAAAACUGGAACUCAUGGAAAAAUGAAGGUUGCCCAAGUUUUGUGAAAGAAAGAACAUCAGAUACCAAGCCGACAAGAGUAGUACGGAAGAGAACGGCACCAGAGGACUUCCUAGGGAAAGGACCCAACAAAAAGAUUCUGAUGGGAAAUGAGGAAUUAACAAGGCUUUGGAAUCUCUGCCCUGAUAAUAUGGAAGCCUGUAAAUCAGAGACAAGGGAAUACAUGCCAACUUUAGAGGAAUUCUUUGAAGAAGCCAUUGAACAGGCAGACCCUGAAAACAUGGUUGAAAAUGAAUAUAAGGCUGUGAACAAUUCAAAUUAUGGCUGGAGAGCCCUGAGACUGUUAGCACGGAGAAGCCCUCAUUUCUUCCAGCCAACCAACCAGCAAUUUAAAAGUUUGCCAGAAUAUCUCGAAAACAUGGUAAUAAAGCUAGCCAAGGAAUUACCACCUCCUUCUGAAGAAAUUAAAACAGGUGAGGAUGAAGAUGAGGAAGAUAAUGAUGCUUUACUGAAGGAAAACGAAAGUCCUGAUGUUCGGCGAGACAAACCUGUAACAGGUGAACAAAUAGAAGUAUUUGCCAACAAACUGGGUGAACAAUGGAAGAUUCUGGCUCCCUACUUGGAAAUGAAAGACUCAGAAAUCAGACAGAUUGAGUGUGACAGCGAAGACAUGAAGAUGAGAGCUAAGCAGCUACUGGUUGCCUGGCAAGAUCAAGAGGGAGUACAUGCAACACCCGAGAAUCUGAUUAAUGCACUGAAUAAGUCUGGAUUAAGUGACCUUGCAGAAAGUCUAACUAAUGACAAUGAGACAAAUAGUUAGCUUCUUUCUUUUUUUUUUUUAUUAAAACUGUGAUAAGAUUUUGUUACCAAGCAGCAUUUGAUAAGAGGUCCACUGGUUUUGGUAAACAAUAAACAUUUUUAUAACAAUUGUA